AUGACGUACGAAAAACUGGUGUACGAUGAAGAAGUGCGGAAUGGGAAAAUGACCAUGAGAGAGUCGGCGAUCUCUCGUGCGAUGAACGUCCUUCCCGUUGCGCCACUCAAUCUGGGCGCCGCUCCCGCGAGAGUUGCUCCAGGCGAUGUGAUCAAGCGAGCGGCACCGGUCGCCAGGUUCAUGCCAUCCGCUAGGCCACUUCCUCCCAAGCCACUGACGGUUGAAGCACCGGUAAAGUCUGCGCCCGUGUCAUCAUUUGGUUCCGCCACUAGUUCCAGCGCCCAACCUUCAUUCUCGAACUUUCUUGCGGCUCAACCGCAAAAGGUCGGCGUUCCAAACAACAGUGCUUCCCAAGAAGUCCCCAAGGCGGUUUCUGCAACACGGGGCCUUUCGAUGGUCGAGAAGACAAUCUCGCCAUCCAAGAGCGCUAACAACAACAACAACUGCAUCGAUGGUUCCGCGCCGGAGAAAUCGGCUCAAAUGCGCAUGAAGAGGAAGGAAAAUCAGCUCAAGUUGGCUUUGAAAGGCGAGGAGGUUAUUGUGGACUUGAGCGACCGAGACCUACUGUCUCUCAUCAGUUUCAAUAAUGAUGCUUUGUACCUCCAAGGAAACAAGCUGCUUCGCCGUCCAUUGGGCCAAUACGAUGCUGAAACGCACGUUUUCCGCGAGGAGAACUACGCCCACUUCAAAGACCUUGAGCAAUUCGUAUCAACAUCGCUUCCUGAGAGGGCCACUCCCAUAACUUUUAUCCUCAACUCUUACAUGCUAAUCAUGGGCAGACUGGACUCGGACAAAGCCAAGAGCAUUCGCGAACACGUCAAAGCCACGAUGGCCUCCACAAAACUGCGCCCACUUCGCGAUAUUGGCUACGGGAAGACGGCAUUGUACAGGGACGAUCAAGGCCUUUAUAAAAGAGUCUUGCUGCUCGCAUGCCAGGGCGAGGAUAAGGCAUUGAUCUGUCCUCUUGAUGCCACCGAGAAGGUCACAGAUGCUGUGUUGCAGUUGGUCCCAGUCGCCACUCUACACAGGCUGCCAUCGGUUCUUAGUGUCGAGCAAAUGGCCACUAGCCUUCACCUAACGCUCCUGCGUGGUCUCUGCAACUUCGCACCGGGCUCGAUCGGAACGGCACGUCGCUUCUUGCAAAGCGGCAUUGCCACGGACGUGGCCGGACGCGAGGUUUGGCCAGUCUUGGUCCAGUGCAACCCGCGUCCUGGUGAACGUGCCCCGGUGGUCGAUCUUUUGGUGCCGGGCAGCGAUGGAAUAGCCCCGUAUCUGGCCUCUGAGCUUCUAUAUGCUAAGAAUAACAUCGAGAAAAUGCAAGAGAAUUUCGAGGCGAGCCAUGACUUUUGGGUCCCAUGGUCACCAACCCAACGACCCAACAUUGACGAAAUCAUUGCCACGCUGGUCGGCAACAAUGAAUGGCAAGUUGACCUCGGCGACAGCAGCUCCGAAUGGAUGAACGAGAACUCUCAUCCCGAAGAGACUUCUCCGGAAAUCUCGACAUUCUCAGAUGCUGAAGAAGUGUCUGAGACGGACAAGUGUCAUGCCUUGAUCUACGAUGUUUUGGCUGGCCCCGUCGGCCAACGGCUCCUCAACGCGCGCAAGAACGAGACCGCGACCUCUAAAUAUUUUGACCAUUUGUUUUUG